AUGUGGUCAUGGCUCAGCCGAUUUAUUGGCAGGGAAGAAUCCGAGCCGUAUGAGGGCAGGGUGUACCUGGUGACCAACUACUCGGAGCACCGCGGCACCGUAUAUGAGCCCUUCUACGUGCCGUCGCAGGAUUCUUUCAUCGUCAAGCAGUGGCGUCGCCUGGUGGAGUUUUUCUCCAGAUGCUUCCGCCGCAACAAUGACGAUUCGACCCUGUCUACUGAGGCUGCUGCCGAUGAAGCCAACCGCCUGGCCUUCCUCCGCGGCUCGCGGAGGUCGAACUUCAUCAGAACGACCAAAUACUCGCUGCUGUCGUUCCUCCCACGCGUGCUGUUCUUCCAGAUGACCCGUGUGGGCAACCUGAUAUUUUUGGGCGUUUCGUUUCUGCAACUGAUCAAGGAGGUGUCGGACUCCAACGGGCUCCCCACCUACCUGAUCCCCGUGGUGUUCGUCGUGGUCGUAUGCAUGGCGCGCGAGCUGGUGUCAGACCUGACGCGAUGGCAGAACGACAAACAGGAGAACGGUCGAACCGUUCACGUCUUCCGUGACGGCAAGCUGCAGCAGAUGAAGCAGCAGGACAUUUGUGUCGGCGACAUCGUGAAGGUCCAUGCGUACGAGUACUUCCCGUCCGACCUUGUUCUGCUCAACUGCUGCGACGAGCAUGGCGUCUGCAACAUCGAGACCAAGAACGCCGACGGCGAGUCUAACGUGAAGUACAAGCACGUGAUCCCCAAGUUGGCCGCGCUAUUCCGCAACGAUGAGGAGGCGGCACGAACGCAGAUAAAAAUCGUCUGCGAACCACCAUCUGACAACCUGCACACGUUUUCGGGAAUGGCCUAUUACAGCAACGACGAUGUGGAGGAGAUUCAGGCUCGUCGUUUGAAGCGUUUGCACAGCAUGCCCUCCGUCAGCGGCGAGGACUCCGCCGUCAGCCUCUCGGACAUCAGCACCAAAAUCCACAAAGUGCAGCUGCAGUUCGACCAGUUGCUGCUUAGGGGCACCUCCAUGGUGAACACGCAGUGGGCGUAUUGCGUCGCCGUGUACGUGGGACACCAGACCCGUUUGCUCAACGGCUCCACCGGCAGCUCCAAGCGCAAGAACUCCAAACUCGAGAGCAUAUACCAGCGCAACAUGUCCACGGUGAUGAUGAUCAUGUUCGGCUGCGUGCUGAUCUCGGCUCUGAUUGGCGUAUACUGGCUUAUCACAACAUCCUACCAGCACGACUAUCUCCAUCUGAUCUCGGCCGGUGGGGCCUGGCGCUCGUUUUUGGUCGCCUGCGGCAGCAUGAUGCUACUGCUGGCCGCCAUGAUCCCCGUGGACCUGAUCAUUCUGUGGGAGAUCGUCCGCAUGGUUGAGUCGUGGCAGAUUCGCUGGAACGCGGAGAUGGUCUCCGACGGCAAGCGUGCGGAGUCGCGCAGCGACCAGCUGAUUGAGGACCUGGCCCACAUCACCCACAUAUACACGGACAAGACGGGCACGCUAACUCAGAACGCGAUGACCCUGAAGGCCCUGGGCUUUGGAGCUGUGGGCAAGGUGUCGCCACCGUGGUGGGGAGAGCAAUUCUGGGCUAUGUACAGCAACCAGACCCCUGAAAUGCGAAAGACGCUGCGCGAAUUCGUCUUAGUUUGUAGCUUAUGCCAGAGUGUGGUCAUACAUAAGGAGAACGGCGAGGAGAUCAAGCGCCGCCCCGAGCGUGUGUUGAAGACGGUCGAUGGCACGGCCCGCCUGGUCGCCAUCGACAACGUACCCAUCCAGUAUGAUGCGCCAUCACCGGACGAGCUAGCGCUGGUAAACGGCAUGGCAGAGCUCGGGUGCGUGUUCUCAAACCGCCGCACGGUGACCGAGAUCGACAUUUCCCUGGUGACACCGGAGGCCCAGCAGCUGAUGCUGAGCAAGGAAGACUAUGCGCUCUGGCUCGCCUCAAAGGAGGAUGGCUACGUACCGACGCUGCGGUUCACAAUUCUCGAUGCCAUUGCAUUCGAUUCGAACCGCAAGUGCAUGAGCGUCGUGGUGGAGGAUGGCGACGGCCGUAUCCUCACGCUGUGCAAGGGCGCUGACAGCGCGUUGCUGUCGCUGCUGCGCGGCACUCAACGCAUCAAAGUACCCAAUUUGGAGGAGCAGUUGCACGACUUCGCAACGGUUGGCCUGCGAACUUUGGUGUUUGCCGUUCGCGAGCUGAGCGCAUCGGAGUAUCGGGUGUGGCACGAUGCCUACUCCACGGCGCUACUUGCUGGAGAAGGCCGCGACGACGCGAUUUCCAGCAUAGUUGCCGACCUAGAGCGCGACAUGAAACUGGUGGGCUGUUCCGGCAUCGAGGACCUCCUGCAGGAGGAGGUAGGUGAUGUGAUCGGUGAUCUGAAGGAGGCCGGGAUACUGAUUUGGGUUUUGACAGGGGACAAGCUGGAGACAGCACUGAGCAUCGGACGCUCCACCAAUAUCUUGGACGAGGACACAUGCAACGCCAUUUUGAGCGACCCCGACCCGGCGGCGGUAUCGACUGAAAUUGCUAUGCAUAUAUUAAACUGCGUGGGGGCAUCAAGGUCAGGCAGUGAGGCCGAUCUGCCCAUAAUACAGAGCGGGUUUUGCGCUCCGUGUGAUGACGAUCUACCGGAUAUUCAGGAGCGCAAACGUCGGAGUUCGGCACCGGAGUUCGCAAAGUUUUGCGUGACCGUGACCGGCGAGGUCCUGCAGACUGUAUAUGCCAACGAGGACCUCAAGGCGCAGUUUUUCCGCUUAGCGCAGCUCGCCGGAGUCGUCAUCGCGUGCCGCAUGACCCACAAGCAGAAGUUCCUGCUGACUCGCGACAACUCCAAGCUAAACGCUUACGGCACGUCGCUUGCCAUUGGGGACGGCGCGAACGACGUGGACAUGAUCCUCACAGCGGACGUCGGCGUCGGUAUAGACGGCCGUGAGGGCCAUCAGGCUUGCCGAUCGGCUGACUUCACCAUUGCGGAGUUUCGGUUUCUGCGCCAACUACUGUUUGUGCACGGCCGCGAGGCCCUUCGCAAGAACAAGUUCCUGCUCUACUACUGCAUAUUCCGAAACUUCAGUUUCAGCUUCCGGCGUGAGCGUGUUCAACGCAUGGAGCAAGCAGAUUAUCAAUUUGUUCUUCACGUCCUUCCCCCUGAUGUUCUACGUGAUACUGGAUCGGGAGGUGCCGCACACUCUGCUGACUCGCUACCCCAUCCUCUACAACACGUGGAGCACGAAGCCCGUGAACCAGCUGGUGCGCUACCUGAUCAAGAACCUGGGAUCCAACUGGCUGUCCAAACGUUGGCGCCGCCGCCUGGAGGAGCGCCGAGGAGUGUACGACCCCGUUACGUUUUGGAGUUUCCUGCUCGCCGCCCUGUGGCUGUCGGUGUUCGAGACGCUGAUCAUUCUGAGCUUCACCAACACGAACGACGUCAACAUCGGGAACGGCUCCGUGCUGAACUUCGGCUUCGGCCUGUUUUCGCAGGCGAUGUACGUGCACCACGUGCUGGCCGUGAACGGGAUCGUUUGCCUCGUCUCCAAGAGCUGGUUCUGCCUGAACCACUUCUCGGUCUGGGCGGAGACUGCGAUACUGCUUAUCUUCUGGAUCAUCGUGAGCUUGGUUCCCGCGUUUGCGUAUGUGCCUGA